GGUUUAGCGACCCCACAUGCAGGAUGUGGGGCCAAGAAUCUCUCACUGCUCUCUUUGGAUAUACAUAAUGCCAGAGACUGCUAUACCAAUGGCAUAAGAAUCAAUCAGAAAUGUUUCCAAGGUCAUGUGCUAGGCUUGUUGCCCGAAGCGAACAGGGCUGGUCCCUAGCGCGCGGGUUUCCCACGGCGAAAUUGGGGACAUGGAAGCGCGGGAACGCGACGGCAAGCACAGUUGACAAGAAGACUAUCGAGAAGCUGCCAUUGGCUGGUAUCAGAGUACUUGAUAUGACAAGGGUUCUUGCAGGACCUUAUUGCACACAAAUUCUUGCAGACCUCGGAGCAGAAGUCAUCAAGAUCGAGCAUCCAACGCGAGGCGACGACACACGUUCAUGGGGUCCGCCCGAUGCGCCAUAUACUGAUGGCGUUGAGCGUCAGUUUCCGGGAGAAAGCGCGUAUUACCUCUCUGUGAACCGCAAUAAGAAAUCUCUCGGCCUGUCCUUCAACAAUCCCUCUGGCAUCUCCAUCCUGCAUUCCCUCGUUCAAAAAUGCGAUGUUUUAGUCGAGAACUACCUUCCAGGCUCACUUGCCAAGUAUAAACUUGACUAUGCUACACUCUCAGAACUGAAUCCUUCUUUGAUAUAUGCCUCUGUCACAGGCUAUGGGCAGACUGGACCGUACAGCAAUCGGGCAGGUUACGAUGUGAUGGUCGAGGCCGAGAUGGGACUCAUGCACAUCACUGGGGAGCGAGAUGGUCCGCCAGUGAAGGUUGGCGUAGCAGUCACGGAUAUAUCAACUGGGAUGUACACCGCAAUCGGUGUACUGGCAGCGUUGUACGCAAGGAAAGAGACUGGCCUUGGACAGUGGAUCGAUGCGAGUCUUAGUGACUGUCAGGUCGCGGGACUGGCGAAUAUUGCGAGCAGUGCGCUGAUUAGCGGGAAGAAGGACAGUGGUAGAUGGGGGACAGCUCAUGCCUCAGUGGUGCCGUAUCGGGCGUAUCAGACCAAAGACACGAACGUCGCGGUGGGUGGGUGUAACGAUAAACUCUAUGGUAUCUUGUGCGACAAGAUUGGCAAGCCGGAGUGGAAAACAGAUGCGCGCUUCGUCACCAAUGCGUUGCGGGUAAAGAACAGGGAUACACUUGACCGCAUCAUCGAAGACGAACUCAAGACCAAGACCACGAAGGAAUGGCUCGAGAUCUUUGAAGGCAGCGGCAUGCCUUACGCAGCUGUGAACGACAUUCAGGGCACUAUCAACCACGAGCAUGUACUUGCACGUAACAUGAUUGAGGAGAUAGAUCAUCCGAAAUGUGGACCGAUUAAACUCGUCAACCACCCGGUGAAGUACUCGAGAGUAGAGCCGAAGAUCAGGACACCGCCUCCAAUGCUGGGUGAGCACACGACUGAGGUGCUGAGAGAGCUUCUUGAUUACAGUGAGGACGACAUACAGAGCCUUAAAAGCGAAAAGACAAUUGCAUAGAAUUACGCAGCAUGAGCUUUUUUUCGUACAUUCAACUAGCAUAGUUCGGCAUUUCCG